AAGAAAACAAUGUUUAUUGUAUACCAAACAUUAAGAAACAACAAUAAUACAAUACACAGAUGAGAAAACAACUAGAAAUGUUGCCAUACACAAGAGGAUGGGAAUGAUAUUGAGAAGCAAAAACAAAAGUUCAAGGAAAUACUCAUCACCCAUGCCAAAUAGCAUAGCCAGCCGUAGGGAUGUAAGAACCCAGAGCAACAACGACCGAAAUCACCAAGACUCGCACGGCAUGGCCGGAAGAUUGGCUCCCACAGGACAGCUUCCCCAGCCGGAUCUCAAUCACAUUGACCAUGGACAGGAUCAAGAAAAUGCAGCCCAAAACGGUCCCAAGAGCAGAACCCGUCAUCCCACACUUCAACACUAUGGUAUUCACAUGGACCUUAGCGGCCUCGUCCGCGUCUUUGCUGUUUAUCACAUUGAUAGUCAGCUUCAGGCCCUGGGCCAGCAGCGAAGAGAAGAGGAAGAAGCUGAAGGAGACGACCUCGUACACCAGCAGCUUCUUCACCACAUCGGUCCCGGCGUCGCACCUCGGGCUCUCCUCCAGGCUUUUCUGGCCCGGGGUGGCGAUAGACAGCCCCAUGAAGACGGCCACGGAGAAGAGCGAGUUCACAUUCACCAGCCCGUCAAGCGCCGUCACGUGGACGCUGGUGGUGCUGCCUUUAUCCUCCCACGAAGACAUUGAUAUUCUGCUCUAGUCAAGAGAAUGGUGAUAUUUGCUAGUUUUUUCCCUCCC